GCCAGUCAUCCGGGCCUCGCGGCAUCGCCGCGGUGUUUACCGGUUGCCCGAGGAGACGCGCCGGCGCGCACCGCGGGCUCCCGCGCCAGCCUAGCUUCCCGGCGCCACGGGUCUGAACGCGCCGCGGGGCUCCGGCCGCCAUGAGCUCCUCCGGCCCCCGGCGCCUGCAGCCCAUCGGCCCCGCCGCCUUCGGCGCCUCACCGCCCGCGCCCGAGGAAACUUAUGAUCGCCUCUUGGAAGUCCCGGUCACUCGGGAGCAAUUAAACCACUAUCGGAAUGUGGCCGAGACCGCCCGGAGUGAACUUGCGGCAACUCUGGUCAAAUUUGAAUCUGCUCAGGCCGAGCUUCGAGACCUGCAAUCCAAGAUGCGUUCUAAAGAAGUUUCCUGUCAAGAGUUGAAAGCUGAAAUGGAGAACUACAAAGAAAGCAAUGCCAGAAAAGCAUCUCUUCUCACCUCUCUGAGAGACAGAGUUCAGGAGCUAGAAGAGGAAUCAGUGGUACUCUCCACUUCUAAAAUUAGAAUGGAAAUCGCAGCUCACUCUGCAGUCAAGGAGAACCAGGAGUUAAAGAAGAACUUUGUAGAACUGGACGAGAAAUUACAAAAAUGUUUAAAGGACAACGAGGAGAAUAAGAAGCAAGUCUUGCAGAGUUGCAGGAAACAUGAGAAAUUUCUGGCGGCGCUCCGUGGCUCCUUAGAUCCAGAGAAGAAGAAUGAAAAGGCAUCAGAUGAAGAUUUAAUUCUAAAGGUCGAAGAGCUGUGCAAGGAGAAUGCAUUGGUGAAAGGCCAAAUUGUUGCUCUUGAAGAGACCAUAAGUGUCCAUGAGAUGGAGGCAGAAGCUAGCAGAGAAACAAUCGUGAGGCUGGCUUCGGAAGUAAACAGAGAGCAGAAAAAAGCUGCCUCCUGCACUGAGGAGAAAGACAAGCUGAACCAGAUGGUCACUCAGCUUGAAGCCCAAAUCUCUGAGCUUGUUGAACAGUUGGGAAACGAGUCUGGGUUUCACCAGAAAGCUCUGCAGAGAGCCCAGAAAGCAGAAAACAAGUUGGAGACCCUUCAGGGUCAGCUGACCCACCUGGAGGGAGAGCUGGUUUCUGGAGAUGUUUUGCGAGACACCUUGCAUGUUGAGAAGCAGAAAUAUCUUCAGUUCCUGGAUCAGCUUUCGGAGAAAAUGAAGUUGGAUCGGAUGGCUGCCGAACUUGGCUUCGACAUGCGUCUGGAGGUAGUUUUAGCCCGUACGGAGCAACUGGUCCGCCUGGAGAGCAACGCAGUCAUUGAACACAAGACGAUCGCCCACAAUUUACAGAGAAAGCUAAAGACUCAGAAAGAAAGACUGGAGAGCAAGGAGCUGCACGUGAACCUCCUCCGGCAGAAAAUAGCCCAGCUGGAGGAGGAGAGGCAGAUGCGAUCGGCCCUGACUGUGGAGCGGGACGAGGCCAAGGUCACCAUCAGGAAGUUGCAGAAACAGGUGGAGAGGCUGCAGAAGGAGCUGAGCUUGUGUCGAGAAGUGAAUACUGAGCUCAAAGCCAAACUGGCCGACACCAAUGAGCUUAAGAUUAAAACUUUGGAACAGACCAAGACCAUUGAAGACCUAAAUAAAUCCAGAGACACACUGGAAAAGAUGAAGGAGAAGGCUGAGAAAAAGCUACUGUCUGUCAAAUCGGAACUGGAUACUACGGAGCAUGAGGCUAAGGAGAAUAAAGAGAGGGCCAAGAACAUGCUGGAAGUGGUCACCAGUGAAAUGAAGACACUAAAAAAAUCUCUGGAAGAAGCAGAAAAGAGAGAAAAGCAGCUGGUGGACUUCCGGGAGGUGGUUUCCCAGAUGCUGGGCUUGAACAUGUCCAGUCUUGCUCUUCCUGACUAUGAAAUCAUCAAAUGUCUUGAAAGACUGAUCCAUUCACACCAGCAUCCCUUUGUCACCUGUGCCUGCCUCAAAGAUGUGCCUACAAGGCAAGAUAGGCACCUGCAAGGCCACUUACAGCUUCUUCAUUGAACACUCUUGAGGAAGGGGCCGCUGAGAGCUAGGGCAUAAUCCUCAAUUUCACAAAUUCCCCAAACCUUUGAAAUUUGAUCAGUAUGUAAAUAUUAUAUGCUUUGAUGAUAAGGCAAGAAUCAAUCAUUGACGCAAAAGGAUCUCAAAGGUGCCAGCAUUGGAUAAAGGUUUGGCACUAAAAAAAAUCUAUGAUUUUCUUUGCUAGCACUUUGAACCGAGACGCAUUCCACUAGACUGGGUAUCUAGAAUGGGCAGUGAUGGCAGGGAUGAAUAUUUAGGGGGUAUCUAUUAUGAGUCAGGAGUUCUACUGUCCAGUUUAAGUCUCCUAAUAACAAUGUGGAGAAACUUUAGUGUUUUUAGCUUACAACCUCUCUGGGGCUCAGCGAGGUGAUCUUGGCUACCUGCCUAUCACUGUAGGUUGUUAGUGACAGACCCAGAAUGAGUACCCCGCCGGCGCGGUAUCCAAGGUCAGGCGGUCUCAGCUGUUUCACAGUCCUCCCAUGUCUCCUCAACUCCUGGUGGAAGUUUCCCGCGUCAUAAAGGAAGGAAAACAUCUGUAGAGUCAAGGAUUAAGGUCCAAAAGUGAGUGAGAUUUUAAGUGUCACCUAUAUGAUUUCUUUGAAAAGCAGUAUAUCUAGUUAUUUGGAUGAAACAGACAUAGGUCUGAGGUCCUGUUAAAGAAAGUACCUCUUUUAAAUGUUGCUACCGGAUCAUAUUCGGGGGUAGCCUUUCACGCUGGAACAGAGCUGAGCUCGGUACUCUAACAACAAAUCUUUUAAGAUGAAAUAUGUAUAAGCUGAAGAAGUCCUACAUAGUUCAUUCACCAAUGUAUAAAAUAUCCCUAAAGCAGGGAUACUUUUUCACGAUCGAGAUAUUUAUAAUGGAUUUCUAUCACUUUCGGGAGUUCCCAUUGUGGCUCAGUGGGUUAGGAACCCAACUAGUACCCAUGAGGAUGCGGGUUCAAUCCCUGGCCUCACUCAGUGGAUUAAGGAUCCGGCAUUGCCAUGAACUGUGGUGUAGGUCACAGACGUGGCUCGUAUCCCGUGUUGCAAUGUCUGUGGUGCAGGCCAGCAGUUGCAGCUCUGAUUCGACCCCUAGCCUGGGAACGAAAAAAUUUUUUUAUUGAAUUUUUACUCCGAUAUUUUUCUGGAAACCGCAUUCUUAACUUCCUGAGAAAAAUCUGUUUCUGUUUCUCUUUUGGGUGAUUGUCCUAUUUAUACCACAUGAAAAUAAUUUUUAUAGUCCCUUAAAAGCAGUAGUGUCUAAUUUAAGGAGAGGGAAAGAAAUAGACUAUAUCCAAACAUUGAGAGAAUACUGAAAACUCUAGAAGAAAGGAAACGAGUUGGGCAGCACACUGGGAGCGUGACCGAGGCUCUCUGCUGGGAGGUGGGUCAGCCCUGCCUGGCUUUUGCCAUCAUGUGCAGGGACAUUGUGAGGUGGCAUUUUUGCUGCUGCACAGCCCUGAGGCCACAGACUAGGUCUGCCACAGGCAGGGGAGGCAGGUGAUUAUUCUCCCAGGGGGAGGGCUGUGGUCUCUGGAAAUCUCUCCACAUGCUCCAGAGAUGCAGGGGCUGCUGCUCUGCACCCAUAUCCACCUGGGAUUCCCUGUUUGGAUCUCUGGGGGAUAGAAUUGCUGAGUGACUCUGCUCUUCCCGGGUCACAGGAAGCCACCAUUGAUGGGGAUGGGUCCGGGGGGUGGGGGGAGAUGGUUUUUGUACCUUCUUUCUGUUUUCCUUUUCCAAAUACAAUCUUUGAUAAACUUCACUUAUUUGCUCUGUAAAUUUAUUUCCAACACACUUCAAAGAUACUUUUUAACAGCAUCACUUUAAAAACAUAAACUGUGUCAUAAUAUUAUUUUUCCUUUUUGACAGAUUAUUAAUUGUAUUUCCAGUUCACAUAGACUUUAAAAAUGGUCCGUAGUUGUUAGUACUGUACUUUCUCUUUAUUAUUCAGAAUUACAUUCCAUUUAUCCAAAGAUAUAUUUAUGUAAUGUUUCCAAUAUAUAACUCAAGCGUAUAUACAUCUUGAACACAUAUAGAGAUGUUACAAAUGUUUGAAUAUAACCCUUAGGAAUUUCUGGUGGAAAGAGUAUACAGGAUAAGAAAAAUAAAUUCUGUCUAUGUGUAUAUGUCCAUCUGCACAUUAGCUAUUAACAUUUGGACAAAUCCCUUAAUAAAGCCAUUUCUCUCUUUGUUGAAGUGCCAGUGGGUUGUCGGCCUUCCCUCUGUGGCUUUCGUGCCAGGGUUGGCAGGCCAGCUUCACAUUUUGGUUUUAGAUUUUGUUCUUCUAUAAUAUUCAUGUAUAUUUUAUGUGGUCCAAUAAAAUGCAUUAGUUUGAUGUGA